AUGUCAGAGUUUCCCAUUCAAAGACAAGGAUUCCCACCAAAGAAAAGUGUAUCAACUGCCAACUUAGUAAAUAGAGGUCCGUAUAGUAAAAAUGGGCCAUUACAACCAGCACAACUAGUAAUUGGCCGAACAAAAAAUAUGUCAAGUACUACACUCUCUUCAUCUAUUCCUUCACGACCUCAGACCCGUAUGUCUUUGGGACAUCAACAACUACAUGAUCAAAUUAAUAUCGCUACAUUAUCGCUUACUGAUCUUCAUAAUGUACCAGUUAUUAACCCUAGGACAUUCUAUACCUCAAUGACUCCAAACACAUCUAACGUAUCAUUAUCUACAUUAGGUGAAGUUUCUCCUUCAUCCAAAGAGUCUUAUGAAAACAACGAUGCAAUUGGAUCACAUUUUUUUAUGAAUAAUACUGCUACGUUGUCCAAUAUAAAUGUAUCUUCCAAUAGGGUCAAUUUAUUAAACCAACCAAAACCAGAUAUUGAUAGGUUAACUGCAGCUAUUCCUGUUACAGAGUUACCAUACGGAGACACAACUUUUAAUUAUGAUUCAUCAAUACCAUUAUCUGAGUACAUGAGGUGCACAAUAUCAGCUGUGCCAAUAAAGACUUCAAUUUUGAAACAAAGUAAUAUACCUUUUGCAUUAUUUUUAAAACCUUAUACCGGUCUUUAUGACAACCAGAAUCCUGUACCACUUUGUAAUGAUGAAUUACUUAUAAGUUGCAGAAGGUGCGGUGCUCAUAUCAAUCCCUAUGUGAAAUUUACUCCGCAAUCAAAUCAAUGGAGAUGCAAUUUCUGCAAAUUUGCAAACGAUCUACCAAUAUUGUACAAUGAUGAUGAUAUCAAUAACGAAACGGAUAAUGUGAAUAACAAUACGAUGUAUCGAAAUAGAACUGAGAUAAAAUAUUCUGUUGUUGAAUACAAUUUAGAUAAAUGUAUUGCAAUUGAAAACACGAAACGUAAACUCAAUCUUUUAUUUAUAAUAGAUGUCUCAUACAAUUCUUUAAAAAAUGGAAUGCUGCGUAAGUCAUUGGAAACUAUAAAACAGACAUUAGAUAGAAUUCCUGAUCACGAUAAUGGAACUACAAUUUCGAUUGUAUGUGUGAACAAUCAUUUACACCUUUUUUCUAUACUAAGUGACGAGAUGGUGGAGAAACGAGGAUUAAAAUCAAGUUUCCUAAUGUAUGAUGUGUUUGAUAUCGAUGAAUCGUUCCUUCCAGUUCCUGCGGAGCAAUUGCGAGUACCAAUAUGUGGCUAUCAGAAAAGUAUUAGUACACUUCUUGAAAGUUUGGAAUCUUUAUUUUCAGUAUCUCAAUCUGUCCUUUUUGCAUUGGGUCCGGCAUUGGAAACUGGCUAUCUUUUAAUACGUGACAUCAAAGGCAAAAUUAUUAUACUUGGAUCAACUUUACCUAAUAUUGGCUGCGGAAAAUUGAAAGUUAGAGAAGACCAACAUAAAUUAUCAAAUGAUGCUGACAUCGAAAUGAGAGUUCUAAAAUCACAAUCAGCAAUGGAUUGCCAGGACAUGUUCUAUAAGACAUUUGCAAUGAAGUGCAUGGAAACUGGGAUUUCUAUAGAUCAAUUUUACUCUUCUGAUGGUAGCUAUUUGGAUAUAGCUACUUUGUCUACUCUUUCAAGGAUAACAUCUGGACAGACCCAUUAUUAUACAAACAUUAAGCUUCAAGAUAAUAAAUUUGAUGAUGUGAGGUUUUCCAUUGAAUUAUAUAGUUCGCUUACAAUGGAUUUAUCGCUGGAUGUUGUGUUGGAAGUAAAGGCAUCACAUGGCAUGAAAGUACAAUCUUCAUACGGUAAUAUAUUUGAAAGAUCUCCAGGAACGUUCUAUAGUCCUGUUAUGUCUAGGGAUCAAUCUUAUGUGUUUGAUAUGAUAUUAGAAAAUGAUUUUGUGAGCGAUAUGGCAUUUUUUCAAGUGUCAAUACUUUCAACACAGAGUAAUGGGGAUAGAAGACUCCGAGUUAUGACUUUGCCGCUACCAACCACCAAUUCCUUGCAGGAAAUGUAUAAUAAAGUCGAUCAGGCUGCGAUAUUGUUAUAUUAUAGUCGAGUCGCAGUAAGUAAUGCAUACUCUCAUCCUAUGUCGGAUGUGCGCAAUAUGUUGGAUGAUUCAUUGAGAAAUAUAAUAUCGUCAUAUUCGUGUAAUGUUAUUAAUAUUCACAAAAGAAAAGAAUUUCGGGAUACAUUUCAAUUAUCAAGGGCUCUACAAUUAUUACCGUUAUUGGUUCUCGUAUUAGGAAAAAGUUUGGGAUUUCGAGAUUAUUGUUCAAGCGAUGAUAGAAGAGCUGAUUUUCUAAAUAUAAUGAAUACUGCAAAUAUUCGAAACUUUAUUCAAAUGGUGUAUCCAACAAUAUAUCCUAUUCAUGAAAUGAAAUCCAAUCUAGGUAUCUCUAAACCGAUUAACGAUAGUAUAAUGAAUUGUUCCCCUGAAGGUGUGUACUUAAUAGAUAAUUCUAUGGAUUUAAUUUUAUGGAUAGGUUCUAGGGUGAAAUCAGAUUUACUUGCAGAUCUAUUUGCUGUAGAUAAUGCUAUAGAUAUUGUCGAGGGACUUACUGAAUUACCGGAAAUUGCCGACUCGCCUAUAAAUUAUCGAACAAGAGGCCUUAUAGAGAAAAUUAGAGAAAAAUCUCAAGAUACAAUAAUCAAAUAUCAAUCACUAUACAUUUUUGUUGGUGAUAUCGAUAAUAAAAACAAAAUUAUACCAUUAUCAAAUAAUAAAGUGAUGUUCCAGAACAUUGUGGAUUGCAUCACUAAUUGCAUGGUCGAGGACCCAAUUUCUAAUACAGAAUCAUACAUGGAUUAUUUGGAAACAUUACAUUCUAUUGUUAUCAAGUAG